AUGAUUGAAGGGGACACACCAGUGCAGUUGGACAGCUGGACACACAGGGAGUCACCGAAAAGAGCGACCCUGGACCUGGGUAUGUUUGAGGUCCCAAACAUGCUUUCGAGCAACGGCAAGGAGCCAGGAUCGGUCGGCUUGCAUUAUUUCCUCGAGCUUCCGGUGGCAGACGCCAUUCGCUUCACGGGCCCGCCGCGGGCAAGUGCAGAGGCCGACUUCAAGAGACUCUCAAAUAUGCCCGCCAUGGAAGCAUACGAGUUGAUGGAGCACCAUAGCCUCCCGUAUGCUCUCUGCGAGGAUGGAACCGUACACGACCGAAAGAAACUCCUGCUUGACGGCCCAAUUGCCUGGAAGAGGAUUGGUGUUCGGGACAUCGAUAUGCAAAGGCUGGUGACGCGUCUACAGGCGCUGAAGGAACUCCGCCAUGAAAUAUUGCACGGCCACACGACGAAAACGAUCCUUGACUUGGAAGGAAUCCUGGAUCUGUUCAGCGGACUCUUCAACAACUUCCUCUAUCGACCACCUCGCUUCAUGACGGUAGAGGGCGAAGAUCCGCACUCUAUUCAAUCGCAAAUAAAGGCUCUGGCCAUCGUAUUGGCCACGCCGGGCGCGUGGUUCGAUUUCAGUCUGCCCGAGUGGCGUCUGCGUAUUGGACAAAUCAUAUGGGAAGCGGCACCGCAUGGCGACGGCGACUUUCUUGACCCGACAAAAUGCGAAAAGCCGUGGGCUUUUUCUUCCUUGGAACGCAAGUGGUUUCUCGUUCAAAUGGUGCUCGCCGCUGAGUUACUCUUGCGUUUAGAUGCAACAGUCAGGUUGGGCCUUCUAGGCGACUCGGAGGAUCUGCAAAUCUCAAGAAGAGAUAUUCAGGACUUUCGGCGGCUCCAGACUCCAAAGGUCAGCUGGGACAUGGUCGCGGUGCGUCGAUUCAUGGACAGCUUCUGCUUCUGUUACAGGCUUGUACAACCUCGGGAAGCAGCCAUGCAACCCAAAGCGGGUACGCCAAACGAAAAGCAGCACCACUUUUUCUUCAAGAAUUCGCAUAAACUAUCAGACACAACAAAGGCGCAUGAAUCGGCCUGGGCAUGUGAGUUGAUACCAGACCAUGUCGACCGGCAACUCAAGGGAUUGUUGCUCUUUGCGGAUAACAUCGGAUGGCCAAAUAUGACAGGACUGAAGGAACACUUUCAGGACAUUGGUCAAGAGGGUAGGUCCCGGGCAGUAAGAGACGCCUAUAAUCGACCAAUACCGGAAAGUGCCCCAUUUGGUAACGGAGAGGAGUUGGAAAACAGCAUGUAUAGCAGAAGUUCAUCAUAUCGGCCUCUGAUACUUCAGCCUCCCGUGGGCGAUCAAGAUUCCAUAUUGGAUGGCUGGGUGACGCGAGCAUGGCUUUCUGGUCUCGUACUCCCGGGCGAAAGCAUCAACCAUUUGCUCAUGUCGAGCAUCUUAGAGAACGACGUCGAAGCCAUUACCAAGCUCGGGCGGGUUGCCAACAUGUACGGAGGAUUUUCGUAUCGCGAAAGGAGCUGGUGGAGCCAGGAGUGCGUUGUUGGUCGAGUCCUCUCACCUCUUCAGGGAACAAACACAUGCAUGGGAUGGAUAGCGAGUGACGUGCUGCCGAAGGACACUCAAACAUCGGAGUUGCUGAAAGACAUGUGGUUUGAGGUCAUUUCUUCAGACCCUCCAGCCUGUCCAGGAGGGCCUCGUAUCAAGCAGGGGAAGAAGAUUUCUCUCAAGUCGACACCGCUAGGAUUGGGAGACCUCACCAGUGGAGCGUUUUCACUACCCUUUGACGAUUCCCAAGACCGAAGAUCGAAAGCAAAAGUCGACUUUCAUAGUCUGAUGUUUGAUGUCAAACAGAAUGGGAGCGAGCAACAGCAGGCGGAUGGCAACCGCCCCCUUAAAGCUCAGAAAGCAACCAUGGUGUUCACCAUAAGAACAGGGAAGCGACGAACACUCAAGACCGUUUCAUUUCCGCUCGUAUACAACGUCCGGUUCAUUUCAUCCCAAGAAUGUCGUCCUCCAAGCAGGCUAAUGCUAUACUCGACGCCAGACGCAAAGAGGAAGAGUUCUUCAGCCUCAUCCAGCCCAAUCCGGCGCAAGCAUUUGCCGCGACUGCCUGGACAUCCUCUUCACAGUUCAUACACUUACAGAAUGGUCAACAUCGACUCAUUGCCGGAACUUGCAAGUUCCGAGAGCCGAUUGGCGAGACUAGACCUACAUCGAGCGGUUAUUUGGCAUGACAUCAUGGUCAUCGAUGCACGUGGCGGCCCCGAUCAGGAAGCGUUCGCAAGAGCGUGGUGCUCCUCAGUCGGGUACCACGCAGUCGUCGGUCGGGUGGGUAGAACCUGCUUAGCGUGCUGCGUCCGGGAAGCCCGUGCUGUCAAAGUCCGGGUGGUAAUCCGAGUGGGCGACGGGAGCCCGGGUCAUGCGUUUUCCAAGGUCAACCGCAGAGCCAGCGUGUCUUGCAUAGGAAAGCAGUAG